AUGGCAUCUCGACCGGAGCUCCAAGCGCCGCCGGAGAUAUUCUACAACGACGAUGAAGCUCGUAAAUACACAUCAUCCUCUCGUAUUAUAGAUAUUCAGGCGAAACUUUCUGAGAGAGCGUUGGAGCUUUUAGCUUUGCCGGACGAUGGCAUGCCCAGAUUACUGCUUGAUAUUGGUUGUGGAUCGGGACUUAGUGGGGAAACACUGACUGAAAAUGGGCACCAGUGGAUUGGUUUAGAUAUAUCCCCAUCAAUGCUUGAUAUUGCAUUGGAGCGUGAAGCUGAGGGUGACCUUAUGCUUGGUGACAUGGGUCAGGGCUUGGGGCUUCGACCUGGAGUUGUUGAUGGAGCAAUAAGUAUUUCAGCUGUUCAGUGGCUAUGCAACGCUGACAAGUCGUCCCACGAGCCACGGCCUUCAUUGGAUCGUUAUACAGAUGCUUGGCACGGGGAGCAAGGGCAGUUUUACAGGUAUACCCUGAAAAUUUGGCUCAACGGGGAGCUGAUUCCUGGAUUUGCCAUGCGAGCUGGGUUUUCAGGGGGUGUAGUUGUGGAUUUUCCGCAUAGUACUAAGCAAAGGAAAGAGUACCUUGUGCUCACUUGUGGACCACCAUCACUAAGUAGUGCUGCCCCCAAAGGAAAAGGUGAAGAAGAUGGGGAAAGUUGUUCAGAUGAUGACAUCAGCAGUGGAGAUGAAGAGAAUGAGUCUGUUCUCGUUUCGGAUCGGAACAGACCAAGGAAAAAGCAAAAAUUGAACAAGAAGGUAAAGGGAGGGAAUGGGUUUUGA